UUGGAUGAAAUAACCAUGACUGAAGUGUUUUUGUCUCCUUCCCAGCCCGUGCCAACAGCGCUGGCUCAGGUAGACCGCGAGAAGAUCUACCAGUGGAUCAAUGAGCUGUCCAGCCCCGAGACGAGGGAGAACGCGCUGCUGGAGCUGAGCAAGAAGCGCGAGUCCGUGCCCGACCUGGCCCCCAUGCUGUGGCACUCGUUUGGCACAAUUGCAGCGCUCCUUCAGGAAAUUGUAAAUAUUUAUCCAUCCAUCAACCCUCCGACUUUGACGGCCCAUCAGUCCAACAGAGUCUGCAAUGCUUUAGCUCUGCUACAGUGUGUUGCGUCUCACCCUGAGACCAGGUCAGCUUUUCUGGCAGCUCACAUCCCUCUCUUCCUGUACCCCUUCUUGCACACAGUUAGCAAGACGCGUCCAUUUGAGUACCUGCGGCUCACGAGCCUCGGAGUGAUUGGGGCCUUGGUGAAAACCGAUGAGCAAGAAGUGAUAAAUUUCUUAUUGACGACAGAAAUCAUCCCCCUGUGCUUACGCAUUAUGGAGUCGGGCAGUGAACUCUCUAAGACGGUUGCUACGUUUAUUCUUCAGAAAAUCCUCCUGGAUGACACGGGGCUGGCAUACAUCUGUCAGACUUACGAGCGGUUUUCCCAUGUUGCCAUGAUACUGGGUAAGAUGGUCCUGCAGCUUUCCAAGGAGCCAUCAGCACGGCUGCUGAAACACGUCGUCCGCUGUUACCUUCGCCUUUCUGAUAACCCCAGAUGUAGGGCACGUGAAGCUCUCAGGCAGUGCCUUCCUGACCAACUGAAGGACACCACCUUCGCCCAGGUCCUGAAGGAUGACACCACCACGAAGCGCUGGCUGGCUCAGCUCGUCAAGAACCUGCAAGAGGGUCAAGUCACUGACCCGCGGGGCAUCCCCCUUCCUCCGCAAUGACUGCUGGGGACGGCGGGGGACUGGGGAAGAAACAGCUCAGGUUUACAAAGAACCAGGAACAGAUGACCUCUUCUGCAACAAACCGGGCAUGCCAGCCGCCUUUCAGUCCGCCAGCUUGUCGGACCAUUCCAUCUGGCCAAAGGGCUGCUCUGUAGCAAUGCAGCAUGCCUCUGGAGAUCGCAACACCAGCAGAUGCUGAUACUACAGCUUAAAAAAAAAUCAAUAAAAAACCUAUCUGUAAAGA